ACUGUGCACUGAUAUAAUUUAUUAUAGGGAGGAGGCACUGCUAGGAGACAGUACACAGAUAGAGGGAGGCAUUAUGCAUUGAUACAAUGUAUUAUAGGGAAGGAGGCACUGAUAGGAGACAGUACACAGAUAGAGUGAGGCACUGUACACUGAUACAAUGUAUUAUAGGGAGGAGGCACUGACACAGUACACAGCUAGAGGGAGGCACUGUGCAGGGAGUAUAGGUGGGGCAGGUAGGUGGACUCUCAGGCGGAUUGAGCAAUGUACUAUGAUCUGCUGCCUGUGGCUGUGGGUGGAGCAGCUUCUCUCUCUCUCAGCUGAGACUUUCCUUACACUGCAGCCACAGGGAAGAAUCUCCUCCCAGUCCUACCAGAAGUUCCUGUGAGUGGGAGAAGCAGCAGCCGGACCCCGGGUCUCCCUGCACCUGGGCUGCCCAGGUACCACAAUAUGGAUGCUGUGUGGUUUCUGCUUUGCCCUCCACUGAGGUGAAUGCUGCUCCUUCCUGUGCUUCCUCUUUGUAUAUCCAUCAUGUGGAACCAUUCCGGCCUGUUUUUCAUCCUCCUCCUUGCACGGGGCACCUUGACUUCCGCAUGGCAGUGCCCGGUCACAUACUACCCUACGCUAGACCCAGAUGUCCAGUACCAGUUGCCCACCUUCACUGCACCAAGUACCAUACAGAAUGUGGCAGCCAAAGAGCCACUGCUCUUCCUGGCCACAACUAACCACCUCUAUGUCCUCAGGGGCACAGACCUCCAACUCAUGCAGGACCUAAUCACCGGCCCCACCAAGAGCCCCCAGUGUGACCUCUGCUCCAAAUGCCGGAUGGGCAGCGCCCUCCCAGACCAGGAGGAGGAUACUGACAGCAAAGUCUUAGUAGUGGACCCAGUGGAAAACAUCUUGUAUAGCUGUGGCUCCUCUCUCCGUGGUCUUUGCUUCCUGCAUGAAAUCGAAGGCUUAGAAAUCCUGGACUCCUACUGCCUCUUCCGUGGGCAGGAUAAUUCCCCUUCCUCCUGCAGGGACUGUAUUGCUAGCCCCCUUGGGACGAAGGUCAAGGUGAUGCUGCACAUACGGAAUGUUUAUUUCUUUGUGGCCUCCACGCUAGAGUCACGCGUGACUGAGAACUACAGCACCACGUCUGUGUCCAUUAGGAGGCUCCUCUCGUCUCAGGAUGGUUUUGCAGGCAACUUUCACUCGCUGACGGUCCUCCCACCAUAUAUGAACACCUACCCCAUCCAUUAUGUGUACACCUUCAACACUACAGACUACGUCUACUUCCUGACGGUACAGCAGGAGAGCACCGAGACCAACAAUUACCACAGCAGGCUGAUACGUCUAAGCGCGAAGGAGGAGGAGAUGAAAAGUUACCGGGAAUUGGUCCUGGACUGUCGGGUUGAGCAGAAACGCCGGCGCAGGUCGGAGCCUCAAACGUUCAACAUUGUGCAGGCGGCUCACGUUGUGGGCGUGGGGAGCAACCUGGCUUCUGAGCUGUCGCUGGGCACUGAAAAUCUUGUGCUGUUUGCGGCCUUUGCUCAGAGUGAGCCCCAAAGUGCAACGCCCCGCAAAAAAUCCGCCCUCUGCGCCUUCCCCCUGAAGUUCAUCGACUUGUCCAUCAGGGAUGGGAUGAGAAAAUGCUGCAGCAUCGAGUACAAGGAAAAGCUCCAGAGAGGACUUCGCUACUACCAAACCGAGACCUACUGCCCCCAAAAUGUGAAUGAAUCUGCGCUGGUCCCGGACCGCAGCUGUUGGAAUGUCCCCACGCUGGUCACCCCACCCAUGAUACGCCUGGACUUGUUUAGCGGACGCUUGAAUGGUACCCUGCUCACCUCUCUGUACGCCACCACCGAGGAACCUUUAACCAUCGGAUAUCUGGGCACCUCCGCUGGGAGAAUGAUACAGGUAAUUCUGCAACGCAACAGCAACCCUCUUAUCCUGUCCAACUUUUCCCUGAGCCGCAACGAGUCUGUGUCACCUGAGGUCGCCCGCAUUGGGAACGACUUACUGUUUGUCACCGGGAACCAGGUGACAAAGGUCGAUGUCGCAGGCCCCGGGUGUCGGCACCUCCUCACCUGCAGUCGUUGCCUACGCACACCGCCCUUCAUGGGGUGUGGUUGGUGUCAAAAUGGCUGCUCUCGGGAGGACGAAUGUCAAGGGGAGUGGAACCAAGGCAUCUGCCCUCCAGCAAUUCAUGACUUUCACCCUAGAAGUGCUCCGCUACGUGGCUCUACCUCCAUCACCAUCUGUGGGGCCUAUUUCCAGUCUCAGAAGGUGUACAAUGAACCUGUCAAUGCGGAGAUCUCCACGCAGACUCACAAAGUGACGGUGGGACCUCGAGAAUGUGUGGUGGACCCUAAGAGGAGCGGCAGCAGAAGCCUGGUCUGCACCUUGCAGACGGAUGGAGCCCCGGAUGCGGUGUCAACUGCCAACAUCACCAUAACAAUCAACGAGAACCUGAGAAACGUCAACUACUAUAUCGCAGGCAGCAGCACUGCCGGUGGCUUCAACUUCGUGGAGCCACUUCUUAUGUCUGUGUCUCCAUCGUUUGGUCCUUUGGUUGGAGGAUCUAGACUGACGCUGAAAGGACGAGAUCUGGUUGCAGGAGAGAGCCAGCAGGUGUAUUUAGGAAACUUGCCAUGCAGAAUGGACAAUGAGUCUUGUCCUGAAGGCGACCUUUGCUGUGCAUCGCCACCAGUCACCUCCCUUGGACCCACAAAUAUUACCUUGUGGUUGGAUGGAGUCCAGACUUACUACCCCCAGCCGUUCAUUUACAAGCCUGACCCACGGAUUGACAGCAUCCAGCCUCUGUGUAGCUUGGCUCGCGGAUCCUCCCUCACGAUUCAGGGGUCCAACCUGGAUUCAGUGUCCAGUGUAACAGUCUCGUAUAAAGGCAUGAAGAAGGUCUGUGAAGGGGUUUUCUCCCGUGAUCGCAUUGUCUGCAGCACCCCAGAGUUGACUUACAUGGAGAGAGAUAGAUUACCGAGGACGCUGAGUCUGCAGCUGGAUGGAUAUAUAUAUACCACUGCUAAGAACUUUGAUUAUAUUCAGAAUUAUGUUGUUCACCCUUUUGAUGAAAGACGUUUCACGCUGAAGAAAGGGGAGACGAAGAUCGAGGCGAAUCAUAACUUCCUGGACUUGGCCAGCAGAUGUUUCAAUGUCUCCAUGACCGUCGGGGGCGUAGACUGUUACCCCACACUGUUCCAGAAUGAGAUCACCUGUAAGAUUAGCAAGGACAUGGUGAUCCCGCCAGGAGGGGCUGUGGUGCAGGUGUGUGUAGAUGGGUUCUGCACUGAUCUGGGCCUUGUGGUCAUAGUCAGUCUGCUGGAUCCUGUGGUGGGCAUAGUGCUGGGGACUGUGGCGUCACUGUUGGUCUGUGCCGUUUUGGUCUUCGUCCUCCUGAGAAGAUAUAGGCCUCACAAGAAGAAAGUGGCGGAGAAUUUGGAGUUGCUGGCGAAUAACAGGGACCCCGUCUUGUCCCCCAUCCACGCUCAUUUUGGGGACUACAGAGAGUCUUAUGUCCCUACAAGCAGCUCUGGGGGAGUGUCCCUCCACGGUGGCAAUUACUCCGGCGGCAGCAUUGGGGCAAGUUCCAUGCCGCUGCUCCUCACCAGCCUACUGGACAAUCUGCGGCCGGAACUGCUGGAUGAAGUGAAGGACGUCCUGAUUCCGGAGAGCCGCCUGACCACGCACCGCGACCGGAUAAUUGGGAAAGGACACUUUGGGAGCGUUUACCACGGAACGUACAUAGACGAGGAGGAGCGGCAGACGCACUGCGCGGUCAAGUCCCUCAACCGGAUUACGGAUGUGGAGGAGGUGGAGGAGUUUCUGCGGGAAGGGAUCCUGAUGAAGAGCUUCCACCAUCACCACGUGCUGUCGCUCAUUGGGAUCUUCCUGCCGCGCGAGGGGCUUCCCUUGGUGGUCCUCCCGUUUAUGUCACACGGGGACCUGCGACACUUCAUACGCAGUGAGGACAGGAACCCCACAGUGAAGGACCUGGUCGGGUUCGGCCUGCAGGUCUCCCGGGGGAUGGAGUAUCUGGCUCAGAUGAAGUUUGUGCACAGAGAUUUGGCUGCCCGGAACUGCAUGCUCGAUGAGACGUUCCAGGUGAAGGUGGCAGACUUUGGGCUGGCCCGAGAUGUGUUCGAUAAGGAGUAUUAUAGUGUCCGGCGUCAUAAGAAUGCGCGGCUCCCCGUCAAGUGGAUGGCACUGGAGAGCCUGCAGACCCAGAAAUUCACCACCAAGAGCGACGUGUGGUCGUUUGGGGUACUGCUGUGGGAGCUGAUGACCCGGGGGGCCCCUCCUUAUCCAGAUGUGGACCCCUAUGACAUCACUCGCUACCUGUACAGGGGGCGACGUCUCGCCCAGCCCGAGUACUGCCCGGACCCACUCUACACUCUCAUGUUGCAAUGCUGGAAGCCUCAGCCCGAGGAGCGGCCGUCCUUCACCCAGCUGGUCACUGAGAUGGAGGUCAUCUCCAACUCCCUGUGGGGAGAUCACUACAUUAAUCUGAAUGUUACCUACAUAAACCUGGACCGGGACCAGCCCUUCCCCCCCGCGCCGCCUGCGUCUGAGGAUGAGCUGGAGGACGAGUCUGUAUCCUCCGAUGAUGUAGAGGAGUCUAAUAAGGGGACAUUGUGAGAACGUGGCGGCGCGGAGCUGGCGCGGAGUAGUGCAAAGGGAAACGAAUAGCUUGGCAAUCGCCGGCCCGUAUUAUAUUCCUCCGCCCUUUGUGCUGGACACGGCGCUUCCCCUGGGCAAUCAGGAAGCGCAGUUGUCCAGCACAGAUAUAUCCUGACCUCUGGGGAGUAUUGUAUUCCAGGUCAUACGUAAACGAGAACACAUUGUACCUAGAUAAAUGCUGCAAUUUACCUCAAUCAAGGCAAAAAAACAAUUUUAAUUAAUUUCUUUUUACAGUGGCGCAAACUGUACAGUAACAUACACGAUAGAGCGCGCCUGUCGCUGAACGCAACUGAAGCAUUUUGUGUGAUGAUCCACUAACCAUUAUAAUGCGACCUAUUCAUUUCCUGGGAGCCCGUGACAUAGCUGAGGCAUGAGCCGCCGAGUGCCUCGGUGAUGUCUCUAGUUCCUGGUGAAUAGAAAAGCUUAACAACAUGGCUGCCACGCUUGUGUAGGCGUCACAUGUGCUGUUAUAUGUGGGUUUGACGCCAGUUCUCCUUGAAGGGCAUAUUCUGUACCUGCAGCUCCUUCUUUCUGUCUGCGACAGUGCAGCAAUCCGGAAAGGUCCGGAACACGGAGAAGAUGAACGUUCUGUAGCCGUCAGAGCUAGCGGUCAUCUCCGGGCCUGAGCGUCUGUAGCCCGAUCCUUACACAAAGUGCUUUCAUUCCGCGCUUCAGCCGAUUCCCCCGUGGUUUACUCUUAUCUCCAUUCCGAGGCGUUUCCAGCGAGCACAAUGUGACGGGGAGGACGUGUUCUGCAUUGUGCGCGCUCUGCGGAUACUUGAAUUGUAUAUGGCUGUGUAUGUAUAUAUUGGACUUUGUUACCAGAGCAAUAUUUUUAUAUUAAGAUUUCCUUUGGUUAAAAUACUUUCUUGCGCUCAUGUUGAGAAGUGGGAAAGGUGUAAAUAAAAAGAUCUUAUUUCUUA